AUGACCUUCACAAAGAUGGGUUUCGCUGGAAACAAUGACCCAUCUUUUAUCCAGCCCACAGUUAUCGCCACCAGAGACGGAGGUUCAGCUGGUUCGGGAGCACCCUCGGUCCCCUCCAAGCCCUCAUUCCUGAACUCGUCCGCCAGCUCCAACCUCGCCUCCAAGCGCGGAAUUGAAGAUCUGGACUUUUAUAUCGGAGACGAGGCUGUCGCCAACUCAAAGACCUACGCCCUCAACUACCCCAUUCGCCAUGGUCAGAUCGACAACUGGGACCACAUGGAGCGCUACUGGGAGCAGAGUAUCUUCAAGUACCUUCGUUGCGAGCCUGAGGAUCACUCUUUCCUCUUGACCGAGCCCCCACUGAACCCUCCCGAGAACCGUGAAAAUACUGCCGAGAUUAUGUUCGAGUCUUUCAAUGUUCAAGGGUUGUACAUUGCUGUCCAGGCUGUUCUCGCCUUGGCUGCCUCCUGGACCUCGAGCAAAGUCAAUGAGCAGACCUUGACCGGAACCGUUAUCGACUCUGGUGAUGGUGUCACCCACGUCAUCCCUGUCGCUGAGGGAUAUGUCAUUGGAUCUUCGAUUAAGAGUGUCCCUAUUGCUGGACGUGAUCUGACCUCGUUUGUUCAGAACUUGCUCCGUGAGCGUGGCGAGAACAUGAUCCCUGCUGAGGACUCGUUGACUGUGGCUCAGAGGAUCAAGGAGCAAUACUCGUAUGUGUGCCCCGACAUUGUCAAGGAGUUCAAGAAGUACGACCAGGAGGGCGACAAGUACUUUAAGAAGUACGAAGGCGUCCACUCUGUCACCGGCAAGCCAUACUCUGUUGAUGUCGGCUUCGAACGUUUCUUGGCACCGGAGAUCUUCUUCAACCCAGAAAUUGCCAGCUCAGACUACUUGACUCCUCUCCCCGAGGUCGUCGACACUGUUGUCCAGACCUCGCCCAUUGAUGUCCGUCGUGGUCUCUACAAGAACAUUGUGUUGUCUGGAGGAUCGACGAUGUUUGAGAACUUUGGAAAGCGUUUGCAGCGUGAUAUCAAGCGUAUUGCAGAUACUCGUAUCAAGCGCAGCGAGGUUCUUUCGGGAGGCAAGAUGCAUGCUACUCCCAUGGAGGUCAACGUUAUCUCCCACAAGAAGCAGCGUUAUGCUGUCUGGUUCGGAGGCUCCUUGCUCGCCUCUACAGGAGAUUUCCACUCUUACUGCCACACCAAGGCUGAGUACGAUGAGGUCGGACCAUCCAUUGCCAGACAUAACCGUGUCUUUGGCACUGUUGGUUAA